UCAGCAGCAGCCGCCAACUCCCAGUCCCAUCACUCAGUCGUGGGCAAUGGAGCCCACAAGUCCUACAAGCCGGGGCACAACUUGACCCAACAGGAGGAAGAAUCUAUAGUCUGCACUGUCCCUAAUAUGCAAGAGUGGCUGGCCUUGAGGGCCAUUGGGGGGUCCAAGCUCUGGAAAUUCCCAGCAUGCUUUUCAAGGAGUUCAAGUGAUGACUGA